AUGGGCUUUUUGGAAUUGCCACAGAUUGAUCUUAAGCGCAGUGAUAUGCUGGACACGAAAUGUGCAUAUAUUUUGGAUUGCACAUCGGAUAUAUUUCUUUGGUUGGGCAAAAAAGCAAAUCGUUUGGUAAAAAUGGCCGGACAGAAAAUGGUAACUGAAUUACACGCGAUGCUGGAAAGGCCCAGUUACACGACGAUUUCUCGAGAGACGGAGGGCGAGGAGUCGAAAUUUCAAGGCUGGGAUGAUAUUGUGCCUUUUGAUUUUACGCGAACUGCCGAAAGUGUACAGAGGAGAGGAGCCGACUUGAAGGUGAUAAUGGAGCGUGAUAAAAUCAAGACCGAUUUGGCUCCGCUGUUUCUGCCACGGCAGCCAGCGAUGAGUGAGGAGGAAGCGAAUCAGUUGAUGGAAGAAUGUAACGAAGAUCUGGAACUUCUCGAACCUUUUGUUCUGGAGGGAAAGAAAUUUGUGCGAUUACCACAAGAAGAGCUGGGCACAUUUUACACAAUGGAUUGCUAUGUAUUUCUUUGUCGUUAUGAAGUAAUACCGGAAGAUGAUGAGACCGAUUUGGAGGAGGAGGAGGAUGAGGAGGGGGAGGAAGAAUCCGAAGCAGAGAUUGAGAGAAGUAACGCCGGCGAUUCCAUACAAUUGCACAGACGCAAGUGUGUUGUAUAUUUCUGGCAAGGUCGCGAUGCAAACAACAUGGGCUGGCUUCAUUUCACAUUCAGUUUACAGAAGAAAUUCGAGGGGCUUUUUAAAGACAAGCUUGAAGUUGUUCGCAUGUACCAGCAGCAGGAGAAUCAUAAAUUCCUGUCGCAUUUCCACAAAAAAUUUGUUAUCCGACGUGGUCGUCGAGGUCUCACGCUGAAUCUUGGAGGUCAUUGGCCGGAACUUUUUUUGAUGCGAGCAAAUGGGUCAGCAGUUUGUACGCGAACAGUUCAAAUUGAUUGUCGAGCCAAUCAACUCAAUUCGGCGUUCUGCUUCAUUCUUCGUGCCCCGUACAGAGUGGUUGAUGAGGAUGGACUGAAAGGAAAGGUGUACGUUUGGUUGGGCAGUAAAAGUAACCCAAAUCAACACAAUCUAUGCGCACAGGUUCCGGUGGCCAGUGAAUUGAUCAAUCGGAACAAUGAAUUUCCUGUUGAAACUAUCAAAGAAGGCGAGGAACCGGAAAAAUUCUGGGAAUGUUUGGGAGGCAAAAAGAAAUAUGACGAUGAUCUUGACGAUGAUGAUAUAAUGAUUCUGGAUAAUGGUGAUAUGGUCUUCCUGUGGAUGGGAUAUCAUGCGAGCGAAGUUGAGUUAAAAUUAGCUUACAAAGCAGCUCACGGCAAAGAAUCCAGGCGUUUCACGAAAUGUUUCCAUGCAUGGGGCAAACACAAAAUCCCAGCUGGUGAUGCACUGUAG